AUGACAGUCACAGAUUGGCCCAGACGAUGGCCAGAUCGUCAGGUCGAUGUCGCAUCGGAUCGUGGCAGCAUAGAGCAGACUUUAGCACUCACCAAGCACAAUAUCUGGACAACAGAGCAAUUGCUCGAAUUGGCCUUUGCGAUCGCCUUGCGAGCUCAUGCAGAUAGCGAACAAGUCUCAUUCGAUGUAUACAGCGAAUCUCUAUCGACUUUUGUCCGCAAAGAGGCAGCAUUGCACCCUGAAGCAGCAUUACAGGCAGUCUCGGAUGAGCUCAAAUGCAGCAAUGCUGUACAACCGGACGAACAGCCACGUUGCUGCUUCGUCACUGGUGCGCAUGCCCAGCAAACCUCUCUGGAUAAGUAUUGGGUCGCUAUCUCGGCUGACGUCUCAGCAUCCAAGGCUGUCUUGUCGUGCUCCUUUCGGGUCGAUCUCGUCGAAGAGCAGGAGGCGAGCUGGUUUAUGCAGCAUCUCGUACAAGCACAUGAAGGAUUGUACAGACUGCAGCCGGACAGCAGGAUCUCGAAUCUCAGUCUGGUCUCGAGCAAAGAGAAGGAGCACAUCAUGCAAUCUACCUUUGACAAAUCAGCCGACCAGCCAAAUUAUUACAAUGGCUGCAGCACGCUCCCGGAUCUCCUGCAGAGAUCUGUCCGAGCAGACCCAAGUGGCAUAGCCCUGUCUUAUCUUGACCCUUCAGAUCCCAACAGCGCGCGAGAUGUCACCUUUGAGGAGCUCGAGCGCCUUGUGCACUCGCUCGCACGUGAGCUGCAACAACAAGGUGUUCGACCGGGUCAUGUCGUACCCAUUUGCCUGCCCAAGAGCGUAGAAAUGGUUGUCAGCAUGCUCUCAGUCGCACAUGCUGGUGCGGCAUACGUUUGUUUCGAGCAAGACAUGCCCGCCGAACGCAUCGAUGCCAUCCUGGACGAGCUCGAGUCUGCCGACUCGCCUGCACUCGCCGGACUGAAGCUCAGUGUUGCCCUUAUGCAAGCCUGUGCGGCUACUGCCAAGCUUGAGAAACGCUUGACGCCUAUUGAUCCCGCUAAGAUCAAACUGUCAGAUAAGGACGAAGCGCAGCUCCCGAGCAUAGAGCCAUCGUCCGCCUGCUAUAUCAUCUACACAUCCGGCUCAUCUGGCAAGCCAAAAGGCAUCAUAGUAUCGCAUUCAAACGUCGCUGCUUUUCUCGAUAAUUACAGAGGCGUCUUUCAGCGGGCGCCCGGACGAAGAGUCUUGCAGUUUGCAAGUUAUGGCUUCGAUGUCAUCGUUAUGAGUGUCUUUGACACCCUUGCACACGGUGCCACCGUCUGUUUAGCACCAAAGCAUGCCCUGAGAGCCGAUCUGGCCGGCACGAUCGAAGCUCUACGGUGCACAAACGCUGAUCUGACGCCGACCGUAUCUUCGCUGCUCAUUGAGGCAUGGCCGGGCGAAGGUCUGGAAGGACAGCAACUUGUAAGGGAAUACCAGGCCAUCAGCCCGCUUCGCUAUCUCGGCACCGGCGCCGAAGCCGUGCCAGUGAGUUUAACGCGGCAAUGGCUCGCACGCGGCGUCACUGUGCUCAAUGACUAUGGACCCAGCGAGACGACGGUCGGCGUCAUCUCAUGCUUCUCGGUGGAUUCGGUCGAUUCACGAGGCCAUAUCGGAAGACCUGUGGGCAAGAACCGUAUUCUGCUUCUGGACGAGGACCUACAACUCGUUCCAUUCGGAUGUGUGGGUGAGAUCUGUGUUGGCGGCGCACAGGUAUCGCAAGGCUAUGCUCAGAAGUCACUCAACGAGGGCGUCUUUGUCGAGCAUCCUGAAUUUGGUCGACUCUACAGGACUGGCGAUCUCGGCCGCUAUCUGGCAGACGGCAACUGCUCGAUCCAAUGCCUCGGUCGUAAAGACUUUCAGGUGAAGAUCAGUGGCCUCAGGAUCGAAGUUGGCGAGAUUGAGAAGCACAUCAGCUCAUCUUUGCACGAAGACAUAGUCAAAUCUGUCGUCGACAAGGUCGAGGGCGACAAGCUGCGAGCGUCACUCGUGGCAAUCGUCCAGCUGCAGUCGUACUCCGAAGCGGCCGAGGAAGAGUCUGCUUUAUGCAGACUAGAGUCGUCACGGUCAGAUCUGGUUGAGCUUGCACGCAAUGCGCUUCAGGAGCGCUUGCCGAGCUAUAUGGUCCCGAACCAUUGGCUGCAGAUAUCGAACUUUCCGACACAGCCUUCGGGCAAGACAGACCGCAAGCGAGUCAGACAGCUCGCACUCGAGGCUCUCUCACGCGGUAAGCCCAGAGACAACGGCAGAGAGAUGCAUGUUCAGCUUGAUCAAAGCGGCGAGGAGAUUCGGGCUCUCUGGUCACAGAUCUUGCGCAUUUCGCCAGCAGAAGUCAGUCCGGAAGACGACUUUGUGCGAUUAGGCGGGGAUUCAAUCGGCUUCAUUCGACUGAUAGGACUCUUGCGCAAAGCUGGCUACGCCGUAUCGUUCUCGGACCUCGUGGAGUGUCGCAACCUUGCGCAGUGCAUCAAUAUAUGCAAGAGUGCCAAAGGCGCGCUUCAAGAUCGCUACGAGCCUUUCUCGCUCUUCGACGGAGCAGAAAAGGAGCAAGUAUAUACUGAACUUCAGCAAGAAUACAAUAUCGGGCGUGAUGAUAUAGAGGACAUCUGUCCUACUUCGCCCACACAGGAUUCUUUGCUGUCAGCCGGAAUGGACAGUACGCACUACUAUGCGCAAGCCACGUACUCGAUUGAUCAGCGGAUUGAUCUACCGCGGCUGCAAAGUGCGAUUGGCGAUCUUGUGAAGGGACAAGCUAUGCUCCGCACAGUCUUUGUCGUUAUCGAUGCGCUGCGAUCAACGCAUCAGAUUGUACUCAGUCCGAGGCAUGCAGAGGUCGGGAAAGCUAUGUGUCACAUGGAACGCUGUCAAUCCGAUUCACAUUUGGAUGAUGCGCUUGAGCAAUAUCGCAAGCGCGACAGAGAGGCAUCUGUCUUUCAAUUUGGCCGGCUUCAUCUCCGCCUCAAAAUAUUCGCAUCGUCUUCGCGCAGCAUGCUCGUCUGGUCAAUGCACCACGCCAUGAGCGAUGGCUGGACCCUCGAUCUCCUGCAAGACGAUCUUCAGGCUCUGUAUGCACAACGCCCGGUAAUCGAUCGGCCUCCGUAUGGGGAUUUUGUCCGCUGGUGGUCAAGUCCUGCAGAUGAGGAGACAAGGUCUUAUUGGCAGCGGCAACUUGAGCAUCAUCAGAAACCAAGCUGGCCAGCUGCUGGUGACGUGACAGAGUUCAACACGUCUCAAGUGGCAAGUCGUACUUGGCGAGGCAGGCUGAAGGACUUUACCCACGCUUCCGGCAUAACAAGCGCUAUACUCACACGAGGGGUUGUCGGACUGGCCAUUCAGAGGCGCUGCAAGACCAGUCACAUCUCAUUGGGCAUAGUGAGAUCGGGCAGGGAUGUUGACAUUACCGGUGGCGAUGCGCUCAUCGGCGCUUGUGUCUCUGUGUUGCCAGCUCGAUUUGACAGUUCGACGAGCAGGACACGACGCGAAUUGCUCGAAAGCCUACAAAUAGAAGAUAGACAGGCGCGCAAGCACCAAAAGAUGACUUUGCCUGAAUUGGCGCGUCUCGCUGGCAAUCUGGACAGACGCAGUAUGUUCACCACCCUGGUCACCUUUCAGUCGCUUGCAGAUCGAUCCGGCGAUGACUCGGAGCAGAUCAGACCGAUAUCCGAACCGCCUGAACACAUCGUCAUGCCCACAAGCUAUCUAUUAUCAGUCGAGAUCACCCCGAGUGCAGUCGAUCAGCUCGAUUGGCAUUGCUACUACGACGGCUCCGUUCUCGAGCUGUCUGAAGUCGAGCAACUGCUAGAAGACUUUUGCACAAUCACAGAUGAUAUCCUUUCUGAUCCCGAUAGCGCGCUGGCACGAUUUACAGACGCACCUGCCAGCGUCUCAAAUGGUCAGGACACGCACCCAGCAAAGAAUGAUAGACAAGCAAAAGCGCAGAGCGCAACAAUCGCAAAAGUCAAGCCUAUCUGGGCACAAGUUCUGCAGAUGGACGAAUCGCAAAUAGAUAGCAACGCAACAUUCACCUCGCUCGGCGGCGAUUCAGUCUCAAUGAUGAGAUUGUCCGUGCGGCUCAAGAGAGCGCAGCUAACGGUCCCUCUGACGAAACUUGUCGAUUUAGACACCAUCGAGAAGUUGUCCUUGUACCUAGAAAGCCAGUAA